AUGGGAUUAAGGUCUAAUGCAAUUAUUUGUCAAAGAACAACUUCAUCGAUUAGGUACAUGUUUGGACGAAGAGGUUUUCAGGUUGUUAAUUAUCUGGAUGACUUUGGUGGAGCUGAAACACCCGAUAGGGCGUCAGAGGCAAACCGGGUCCUGGGAGACUUGUUAAAGUCAUGUGGAAUCGAGGAAGCGCCCGACAAAGCGGUGUUCCCAACGACAAGAAUGGUAUUUUUAUGUGUUAGUGUAGAUACUCAAAGUACGACCAUGGAAGUUACUCCGGAAAGGGUUUCAGAAAUUUUGGCACUUGUUGAAUCCUGGUUAACCAGAAAACGUGCUACGUUAAAAGAUUUACAAUCAUUGUUAGGAAAGUUACAUUUCAUAUGUAAUUGUGUUCGACCAGGUAGAAUUUUUGUGAGUAGAUUGUUAAAUUGGCUACCGACCACGUUUAAUGACAAAAACGGCGAUAAAAAACAUAGCUCGAAAUUCAUUCCUGCCGAGAUAAGAAAAGAUUUAUUGUGGUGGAAAAUAUUUCUCAGCAAGUUUAAUGGUGUGUCUAUAAUGUCCAUUGAGAAUUGGUCCGCUCCUGAUCAGAUAUUUGCUUGUUAUGCUUGUCCAGGUCUUGGAGGGUUUUGUAAUGGCGAGUACAUUCAUGGAAUAUUUCCAACAAGAAUUGCUGAGAAGGUUUACAUAUAA